CGCGAAGAUUGGCGAAGAUGCGCGAGCCGAUCAGUUGACAGUUUCGACUCCGUCCGUGUCGCGUGUCGUUUUUUAACGUCGGAUACUGGAGCCGCACGAGAUGAGCCGCACGAUAUCGGCCGUAUCGGCGUGAUACUGAAUUAUAUAUACUCCAACUUCUGACUUGAGAGAAAAGUGAGAGAGUCUCUCGGCGUGCGCAAAGUAUGACGGAGAUAGAAUGGAUAUCAAAACCCAUGGAGUAUGGGAAUAUCGUGAAGUUUGCAUGCUUAGAGGAAGCUACGGAUCACCCCCUGAAACCGGUUGUAAUCACUCUAAUCGAUGGACGUGGCGCAGCCAGACGCGGCGCGCUGCGAAGUACGAGUACCGGCUCCUCCACAGGAACACCGACACCGACGCACACGCCGAUCCCUGCGAAUCCGCUGAGCGACCCGUUGCUAAGUCAUCCUUCCCUCGACGGCUCCGAUCCCCUCACGCAGUUUGCUCGAGAAGAAUUGGAUCCUCUCUCUAAAAUGGCUGCAGACGAAUGGGAUUAUUCUAACGUCGCAUCCGCGAGUAAAAAAUCAAAAGACACGGCGGAAGAAUUGGUAGAGCCGUGGUCUGUUAGACGUUCCGCUAUACUGAGUAAAUACACGACCUCCGAGAAACUGUCAAUUGUCACCAGCUUCUUGCCAGGUGGAGAGAAAGUUGUAGUGAAGGUUCAGCCGAGCGGGCCGAUGGUCGACAAGGUGAAAACGCGACUCGAACAAUUGGACGACUUUGAGGAAGGCUCCGUUAGGCAAAUGCUGGACUUGUCGCAGCAACAGUACACCGCGCGAAUCGAACAAUUGAACAACGAACUAGUGCAAGCCUGGCAUUCCGACCAAAGAGUGAAGGCGCUCAAAAUUGCGAUACAGUGUGCCAAAUUAUUAGUAGAUACGUCCGUAAUGGCUUUUUAUCCGAGCAAGUUCGUUCUCAUCACAGAUAUCUUGGAUAUCUUUGGAAAACUUGUGUACGAGAGAUUGAAAAUGAAGGCCGAGUACUACAAACCAGGAAGUAAAGUACCCACGAGCUUGCCGGAUAACUUCACACCCGACAUGGUUCCUGAGAACGCGAAGGAGACGUGUCGCAAUUGGUUUUACAAGAUAGCUUCGAUACGCGAACUGGUGCCGCGUCUGUACGUAGAAAUGGCGAUAAUAAAAUCGUACAGUUUUCUAACGACGAGUGAAUUUAACACCGCACUGCUACGCAUAACUCGUAUGAUAAGGGGUAUCGGAAAUCCGUUGAUUGCGGUUUACGCGAGGUGUUACUUGUGCCGCGUGGGAUUGGCACUGAACAAAACAUCGGACUUCGAGUUUGUGAGGGAGAACUUGUACGACUUUCUUUUUACGUACCAGCAGCUGUUCGGGACCGCCGUGAGAAACGAAAUAGUGAAGCAAAAUGUCACCCUUCACUCGUACCUUAACUUGUAUUCGCCGGCUUUGGAUUGGAUCGUACAGGUCUUGGUCGCGACGUCGCCCGAGAGCCUUCUCGAGGAGGUUCUGUCUCGAUGUAAAAAACAGGAGAACGGAUCGUUAUUAUUAAAUACAGUGCUGACUGCAUUUAAACCGACGUAUAUUGCCGUGCGUGCUAUGGACUUCGUUAAUUUAAUAGUAGCGAGUGAAGACGAUGGAUAUCCUCAGUAUCUCUUGUAUCGAAGUUUGGGAGAAUGCCUUGUACGAGAAUCUCCGCCGAAAGAAGACUGUCAGUCGGUGCUUAACGUGAUAUGGAAGUACAUAACGGAUCUGACGGAUCCCAACAAAUUCAUGCAUUGCGUCGAGAUCUGGAUUCAAUUCACUGUCAUACACUUUUCUGUAAACGAACUAAAUUUAUUUUUCGGCAAGAUAAUAGACCGGCUACGACCGAACAAAGCUUUCGAAAAUUAUUAUCCACAGUUGCAGAAUAUUAUUGAGAAGAUAGUCGCCCACACGCAAGACUUCGAAUCGCUGCUUGCCAUGGACAAUUUUUUACCUCUAAUCGACCUGUUUCACAAGGAAAGCGUUAAGGUCGAAGUUUGUAAAACUGUCAUAGAGGGAUUGAGUGCGCAAAACGGGCCUAUUACGGAUCCUAUUAUUAUAAACGCCCUGAUGUUCAUCGCAAGAAUAAUGCACGAUUCCGUCAGCGCUCUGACCGUCGAGGAUGAGAAACGGCAGAUCGGACAACUGAUAUGCGGCCUAGUGCAGCGGGUGGAUUACGGUCGCGAUUUUGAGAAGCAGCUUAGUUUUUACGCAGAGGCCAGGGCAGCGUUUCCCAAUCUCGACAGCGUUCAUAUACAACUUAUACAAUGCGUGAAUAGAUUAUCGGUUGAUACUAGGAAGAUAGUACGUGGCCACCACACGAGGAGAACGUCGGCAUUUGUGCGCGCCUGUGCCGCGUUCUGUUUCAUCACGAUACCGUCGUUAACUUUAGUCCAUACGCGCCUUCAGUUAUACCUACUGUCUGGGCAGGUCGCCCUUUUGAAUCAAUGUCUAGGCCAAGCCGACGCCUGCUUCAAGGCUGCUUUAAGUUUAGUUCCGGAAAUGCCGAAAACCAUCGACAUCGAUGGAAGACAGAAAAGCUCACAACCGUUUCUGCUCUCGUACUUGUCGAAUUUCCUGUCAACGUUGUUAGUGGUUCCCGACAGCCCGGAGCACGGUGUCCUGUACUUGAUGAGAGGCUUGCUCAAUGCGGUCCAGCGUUGCUUCGAGGAGAACACCUCAACGAAACCGUAUUUGUAUUUACGCGUACUCGAUCUUCUCGCGACGGUCGCACAAGAAAAUUAUCCGUACCACAUCGACAAGGUUGACUCGAACGAUAAAUUGUACGGAUCGGAUCAGAAAUUCAUUGGCGAAGUCAACAAAAUAUGUUCAAAGAUCGUGGAGGAAAUAUUGAGUCAUCUGAAGUACCUCGGAUCUACCGAGCAAUUCGAUAAACAGUCGGUCCUGGCACUCGAGCUGUUUAAUUGCUUCAUUAUCCGCGCAGAUUUGCGGGAUGCCGCAUUAGCGAACAUGGCCGUAAAUUUGUGGCACUUGUCGCAACGGCACAAUUCGGUGGAUUCUAAAGUGACGAUGAGAACAAAGGCUUACAUGACGCAGAAGAGUCACCAUCGGGAAUACGAGCAUUUUGCCGAAAUACUCAGAAAAAUGCAGCCGAGAUGAAUGAUACCUUGCCGAUUAAUCAGGAUCCAGCUUGAACAUUUUUUUAUUGGCAGUUGUGUUGAAAGACAUUUUGUAAUUGUGCAAUAAUUUUUUCGAUUACGCGAAUCAAGCCGGUUAGCAGAAAUAAUAGCAGAAAGAUCAAUCGAAAUAUAAAUUAUAACAAUCAAUUGUUAAAAGUUAAUAUACGUUAUAAUAGUUGAUUGUUAAGCAUCACUUUAUAUACUAUAUUUUCUAAAAUAUGGCAAAUAAUGCUCAAAAUAUGACAUAAUCGAUAUAUUUAUACUUAAUAAAAAUAUUCGCUCAGUUCUAAA